AUGACUCACUCUACUCCCUAUUACCCUAAAGCAAAUGGUCAGGCUGAAGCAUCUAACAAAGUGGUCAUCAAUGUGCUCAAACGGAUGAUAGCUGAUAAACCGCGUGAUUGGCAUAAUCUUUUGUCUGAAACGUUGUGGGCUCUCCGCACUUCGAAACGAUCUGCUACAGGAACUACUCCUUUUGCUCUGACAUAUGGUCAUGAUGCCGUGCUUCUAGUAGAGAUGAGGGUCAAAGCCCUACGGGUUGCAGAGCAAAAUGGUUUGACAACCGAAGACUAUCAACAAGCCAUGCUGCAAGAACUGGAAGAACUUGAUCAUGCUCGAUUAGAUGCUUACAACAACAUUAACGCUCAAAAGCGUGCAUUGGCUCGAGCAUACAACAAACGGGUUAGGGGGAAAACUUUCGCAGAAAACGAUUUGGUAUGGAAAGCAGUCCUUCCUGAGACAUUGAAGGAUCCGCGAUAUGGGAAAUGGUCACCUAGAUGA